GUGUAAGUCAAUCCGCCAUGUUGUCUCAUUUCUUUAUCUUGUCGUCUCGUGGAGAUACACUUAUAUUUCGCGACUGUAUCCUUUUAAAAGUAGUUCCAUAGUAAUAUUUAUUGUGCUGGAAGCCUGGAAUGUAAUUAUAACGCUUGAAAUGGUAUUUAAUAAUAUGAUUUCCGUGUUCAGUGGCAGUCAAUGUAAUUGGCACGAAAUUCACAUCUGAUUUCAUCUUUCCCACAACUGUUAUCCAUGUAUUUUUGCGGCAGCAAUAUAACGAGCUGGCGUAUAUGUGAGAAGUUGUAGUCGGAUGCUACUCAUCCAACUUUUAUUGUAAGCUUUCACUGAUGCCUUUGCUAUUAUUUCAAUUCAAAGUAGACAGACUGCACGUUAUAGUCGUUCCAUAAUAUUUUAUUUAUUUAUUUAUUUAUUUAUUUAUUUAUAUCCAUUUUUAUUUGAAUUGCAUUUAUUGGUACAUCGCAUUUAUCCUUAAGUUAUUUUGCAGACAGAGGAGAUGGUGUAAAAGGGACACCAGAGAUAUUUUUCCAAAAAAUCAAAACUGCCGGCAACAAUAGUUUGCCUCCUAUUUUUGUAAGUAGAAUAUUAUAAAAAGCCUUGUAGCAAGGAACACUGUUAUGUUGAUAUUUUAGUAGCCUUGUAAUAACUGGGUACAAAGGAGGUGGCUGAAUAAUGUAAGUAUGAAAUAACAAAAAAGCAGAAAAGGCAACUAAAUUUCAUUAUAACAUGAGUUGCAUGCAUGAAAUUAGAAAAGGAAGAAGGUGAGCCUAGCUAUUUAAAAAAACAGGCGUGGGUUUAUUCUUAUUUUAUAUUGUUAUUUCCAGUUGAUUUUAAAGUGGUUCAGUUAGGAGAGUCAGUUGGAAUCAUUGUCAAAGCUCCCCCUGUGGAAUAGAGAGCAAAGUUUUUACCUUUAAUUCAAGAAAUUAUAUGUACGGUAUUUGAUUUCAUCCAAUCGCAGUAUACGAAUACAUAGUUAGGGUUUGGUUUUUCAUUUACCUGGGCAAUGAUAUUGCAUAUUGGUGUGUCAAUGUUGUAGCUCUGUGUUAUCAUUUCGUGGAAGAUGGGGAGUGACUUUCAGGUUACCUGGCCUACCCCUUGCUGUUGCUGUUUGCCAUUUAUUUUUCCAGCAGACAAUAAUGUCAAUGUAUAUGCAUAUAGCUAAGUGUGGUUGUCUGAUCUUAUUCUAUUGCUUUUGACUGUUGAUUGACAUGAAGGAUAAUAUCAGUGAGAAGAGAAUUCUUGAAUAAAUGGCCAAGGUGGUGUUAACUCUCUGUAUGAAUUGUGUGUCUAUUUCAGAAUGUCGAUGGGGUCAAUUUUAUCUUUAUUAAAAGAAAUGGCCUGUAUUUUGUCUGCAUUACAAAGUUCAAUAUCUCACCAGCUUUUGCAGUUGAAGUUCUUACCAGGUAAUAAAUAAAUAAUAUUUUGCUCCUGCAUAAAUGGAACCAAGCUUUUCUCCAUUGUGUGAACAUGGCAUAUUGCUUCGCUUCCUGAAGAUAUUCCCUUAAAAAACAAAUUCGGUGAUCAAAUAAGGAAAGAAUCAUUAUUGAACUCAGUUAUUGAAAAAUAAUAAUGAUUUGUCAAUGUCUCACAGAUCAAAUUAUUAUUUGCCUCAGCCUGAUCUGCUCGCCACUGACAAAUCACAAUAUGUUGCUCAACCUUGUCCAAUAAUAAAAUAAGCAUUAAUCUGAUUUCUGUUCAUAUUCUUUUGUUAACCAUUGGUUAUGUGAUCUUCAGGUGUUAGGCAAUUUAGCAUAAUUUGAUCCACUACCACCAUUCCAAGGUCCCAAUUUCUCAGGCUGUUCUAAAUGUUCGUUCUAAUGUUUUAGUUAUAUGAUUAGAAAUGCCAAUCAUAACUGUGGUAGUAAACACCUUAACUGUCACACCCAUGCAUAUCCAUGGCCCUAAUGUGCCACUUGUGAUGUCAUCAGGCCCACGCUCAGAGUCAUAAGCAACUAGCACCUUGUCUGUACCUUAACAAGUCCAGGGAAAAACCUCUCACACUAUAUACACAAGUAAACAUGAUUUAGCCUUAAGGUCUGGAAAACAAUGCAAAAAAAGGAUAAAGAAAAGGAAAAAAAUUAAUAAGCUGACCUGAAAAUUUCAACAUAAAUAUGGUUCCAUACCCACCUGCACUUCCUCUAAAAAGGCAAUCUUAAUUUUCUCCUAAUAAAAAUUUUGCUUGAGACUGAAAUAGACUGAAAAGAGAAGUGCAAGAAAAUCAAAAGAAACAGGGAGGAGGGAAAGUAAAAUUCAUGUAAUAUCAAUGGUUUUGUUAAUUGGUAGCCUGAGUGAUCAGCAGUUGUUUCUCUAGAGUUUCAGAUUUGUGUAAAGAUUAUUGUGGGGUUCUGAAUGAGGAGUCAAUCAAGUCUAAUUUUCCUCUAAUUUAUGAGUUACUGGAUGAAGUACUGGUGAGUUUUGUUUAUUUUUUUUUUUUCAGUUAAAUAAUUGAGUAAGAUAGUGUACAUUCCAGUGUAACCCCCUUUAAACCAUUCCACAUGUAUAAGUUCUACAGUAGAAAAGAGAAGAUUUAAACCCUUUGGUCAAAAAUUAUGUACAGAUUUGGGGCUGAAAUAUCAUGUUUUUUGCUGUCUGAAGCCCUGGUCUGGAACUUUUCAUGUAGUAGUAUUAUUUUUUUAUUUUGUAAUAAUAAUAUAAAUUUUUUUGCUUCUUAAUAAGAAGAGUUGUUUAAGGCCUGAAAUAGUAGGGUAGGGUUUUACAGUGCUUUGAAGCUACGUUUUUUUCAAAUUUGCAUUUUGACAACCUUAAAUAAUGUAAAAAUGAUUCCCAGACAUACAUGUACCGGUAUUAUAUUGGUUGCCAGAAAAAGACAUUGGGUGAUAAUUACAUUACGUCAUGAAGAGUUAAACAAGCAGGUAAUCAAUGGUUGCCCAACUACUACAACCAAAUUUGAGGAACAAACAAGAUGUCAAGACUUAACAGCCAAACAGCCAGGGUGAAAAAGGAAAUUUGUUACAAAUAAAAUGGAGCACAAAUAAUAUCUCAUAUAUAUGUUUCAUGAUCUUAGUGUUACUUUAAUUUAGAAAGACCAUGAUCUAAUAAUGAUCUAAUACAGUUUGGCACAUACACUGUAAAAUUGAAUACUGCCACACAGGCUUCACCAAAUUGGUAUCUUUCUCUGCAAUUUUAGUCAUGGAGACUUUCUUUACUGAGCAAUUGGCAACCAAAAUAGUCAACUGCUUGGAGCAAUGAAAAAGAUUGUCAUGCAGCAUACCACAUGCCCUCAGGUCAAGGUCAAACUUCAGAUGUAAUACAUGCAGUGCAGUGCAUGAAAUGAUGUAUAAAAUAAUAUGCUAACUAUAUAAUUUUUAAUUUAUUGUAUAUUAGUCUUAUAUUCCUUUUCACAGGACUUUGGCUAUGUGCAAGUCACGUCAACUGAAAGCCUUAAAGCAUAUAUUUGCAACCAGCCAGUGACCACAGCAUCGGGAGAUGAUAUACGGCAAUGCACUGGAGGAACUGUGGUGUGUAUGAUAUGUCAUCUAUUUUAAAUGUAACUUCCUUUGCAAAAGAAAAUAGUUAAACUCAAACGUGAACAAAGGAUUGGGAUAAAAUUGAGGCACAAUAUGUUUAUUGAAAUUUUGAUAAACAUGUACGUGUAUUUAAGUUUACUUAAACCAUCUCUGAUUGUUUGCAUCUAAUUAAAGUAUAGAAAUUACCCUAAAAAUGCUUGUCAAGCAUUUAGAUGCACUGGUUUUGUAUUGUGCUGUAUCAUCUGUAACCCUAUCUGACACACUUGAUUCAAGUGUUUGAAGCGUGACAAUAUGAAAUACCCUUGAGUCCUACCUGUGGGAUUAAUUAUUUUCCAACAAUAAUAUUGUUUCCUGAAUUCCUUUGUCAAUGAAAGUUGAAACCAUCAAAUCUCUCCUCAGUGAAAUGUAAAAGAUCUGUUUUAUAUUUAUUAAUUAUGUUUUUUUUUCUUUUUUUUCUUUAAAAUCCUAAGAAAUACAAUGAAUACUAUCCAAACAUAAUUCUGCUAAAAAGUUUUCUAUUGGAUUUCAACCAUUUAUUGAUUUUUAUAAACUGUGCAAAUGUAAGCGUGUCAGCUAGUAUAAUCUUGCCUUAACAUCUCCUCUACUGAUCAAAUGAAAGGGCAUAUAUUUUUUCUCUGUUCUUAGUUUGGUGUAGAAAAGAUGUCCCUGCCCAGCACUGCUGCUAACAAACCUGUUGUUUUAGGAAAGGUUGGUAUUUGUUUAUUUGAAUAUUGUAAGCUAUUUUGCAGUUUUAGCUUUUUAUCAGAGUAGCCUGGGACCAGGCUUUGUAGUGGGGAAAAGGGUGAAAGCGCGGCGAGCAAAACAAACUGAAUGGUGGAUUGGGGAGGGGAAAAGGGCAGUGGAACCUUCACCAGAUUACCACUCAGCGAGCCCUCUCCGAUUUUUCUUUAUAACCUCCCCCCUCCUACUGCAGAGUCGGUCCCACGCUAUACCAAAGUGACAUAUAUACUCUUUUGCUCCAAGAUUGGCUUUGAAUACCCUGGGUACCAGAGACUUUUUAUGCUUUACAUUUUCCAGUUUCAUCAAGUCUUUAUAGUGACCUGUAUUAAAACUUCACCACUCAUGGCUUUGUCCUGUGGGCAAGACCAAGGUAACCCACCACAAAAAAACCUCUGGUAUCCAGCUUUAAAUUAAAAAGACCUUAAAGGAAUAAUAGAAAAUUAUAGACAACUUUCUCAGAAUAAAUUUAAUGAUUAUUAGCACUUUCUUUUGAAUUAGUGUCCUUGUUCAAACAUCGCUAAUAAGUAAAGCCACCAACUUAGUUCAGUUCUGAAGAGCACUGGUCAGCCUAGUGGGAGGUCAUGUUUAAACCUGGUUGGACUGCUAUAGCAAUGAAGAUCCUGCUAGCUGUGUUUAAAAACCUGUUCAGUUCAUAUAAUUUCAGUAUUUAACAGCAUCAGUAAGCUACAGGCCUUGUCUCCUUCAUCCUUAGAUAUAAAUCAAAUUAGAAGAAGACAUAAAUGAUCCUAAUUGACAUUGUUCAAAAAGGGUAGGGGACAGAGACCCUAGAAUGACAUCAUAUAUGAAGUCAAUCUGACUUUCCUAUGGGGUGGGCAAGAUCUGUACAGAUCUGUGAGAUCUGAUCAGAUCUGUACAGAUUUCACAGAUCUCUACAUUGUACAAAUCUGAACAAUGUACUGAAGCAAUAUGCUCAUGUUUUAGAUCAAAAUGGUUUCAACCUACAAUACUCGUCACAAAUCUUGAAACACUUGUGCGAUUUUCCCCUUCCUCAAUGUUGAUUUGGGUAUUACAGUCAUCUCACUGCUCCAAAAUACACGUGGCUCAACAUUGGAGAAGGAGAGGGCCAAAUUUAAGUGAGAACAAAGGUGUCAGGAGUGAAUGUAAGAAAUUUGGAGAAAAUUCAAGAGAAAUGGCUCCUGUUUCAACGAUUUGUGACGAGUAUUGUAGGUUGACUCCAUUUUUUAGUUUCUUUGUUUCCAAACCCUAAUUAUUCAUAAUCAUGACUGAUUAUGAAGGGCAAGGAGACAAAGGAAAGUGAAAAUCAAACUACUUGUAGGCUAAAACCAUUUUAACCUUCAUUUCAUUUUGACCUGCAACACCUACAUCCGAUCUCAUCCCUGUUUCCUCUGUGAUUCAGUCCCUACCUACAGCAUAUGGGCCCAUUCUUUUACACAAUGUUUAAGUGCACCCCUAAAAUAAGAAGUAUUUCCUACCCCUCACGUUUUUAGUUAGAAAUGGUAUCACUAGGAAAGCUUCUUAAUUUCUCACUGAUUUGUUAAACUUAAAGUGUGCUGUCUUCACCAGAAAAGAUCCGUUUCUUGUCUCUUAAAGAAGUUCUUGUUUAUUUAUGAACAUUGCCUGCCAAAAUAAGUUUAUUUUAGUACUAAAGAAAAUUUAAUAACUUUCUCAUUGACUGAAGUGCUGCCCGUUCUAAGCACCCCUCCGUUGACUGUAAAUUUAAAUAUCAGUCAGGCCAGCAAGUAUAGGAAAUAUAGUGUAUAAAAUUGACAUUCCUUCUGGUUCCAUUUAGAGAGGAAACAAAAGUGAGGUGUUUAUGGAUUUACUGGAGAGACUUACAGUGUUGAUCAGUUCAGAUGUAAGUGAUGUAUUUACGUAUAAGAGGGGUGCGCUCAUUACAAUAGAUACUAUAUUUUCAUUUCAAGCGACGUGCCAGGGAAGUUGAGUAAGUACAGUCAAACCUCUCCACAACGGCCGCCUUGGGUACAGAAGAAAGUGGACAUUGUGGAGAGGUGGCUGUUAUGGGCAGGUAGGGGUGUUACACCUCUACAGUGGAACCCCGUUAAUACGGUCACCAAUGGGCCAAAAACAGUUGGGGGUAAUAACGAGGUGGCCGUAUAAACGAGGGUUUCUUUAUAAGAAAAUGUAUGGUCGCUUUUGCUGGGCGGUCAUAAAAAGUGGCCGUAUUACCGAGGUGGCCGUAAGGCGGGGUUCCCUUGUGUAUAACAAUUUGUUGUAGGGUGUACAACAUGGUUUUUGUGCAAAGUUCAUGCUUACUGUGUCCCAUAAUCAUGGUAGUCCAGUCAUACAGUAUGAUUAUGGGACACAGUAAGCAAUUUAUACUGCUGCGUUAAGCAAAAAUUGCUACAAUACUUAUAGCGGAUAUUGCAAACUAUGCUCGCGUUUUGUCACGUUUUAAUAUUUUGAUUCAAGACAUAAUUUAAGCUUUUUGUGUAUUUUAUCUCUAUACGAGCAUAGUUCGCAACAGUCGCUAUAAGUAUUGUAGCAAUUUUUGCUUAAUGCAGCAGUAUAAAUGAAACAAAAUCAAAAUACGAUUGCCGCGAUUGAUCAUGAACGUGCCAAUUCGUGACCAUUCUUGACUUUUUCAUCAGUCGCGAAAAAAACUGGCCGUUUUCGAGAGGUUAUUUUGGUAGUUGGGGACACGCGUCAGUGGCCGUUGCCAUUGUAGAGAGGUGGCUGUUUGUGGAGGUUUGACUGUAUUUAGAUUUGAUUUUACUACCUACCCACACUUCCUUUCAAUAAAUUCAAGACCCUCGCGAAGUUGGUAACUUUUCCAACGAAAAUUAAAUCUAGUAAAUGCCCAGCCAGAAACGAUAAUUCAGCCAAAAAUGAAAAGCCUCUAACUACUUUUGUCCCAACCUUCGGAAGCUGUGAUUUUUUUAUCAUCAGGGACACGACGUAGCGUAGUGCUCGACUUCGAAAGUAAGGUUUUACAGCUCAAAUAACUUCAAACGGCGUCUUUUCAAAAACAUUUUCAGAGGGGGGAAUAAAUUAAUUUUGUCCAUCUGUACCUUCUUUUGGAUUUGCCGUCAGCAGAGUUUCCUCACCUCUGUUUUAAAGCUUUUUUUGGGCAGUUACCUCUACAACCCCGGACAAAAGAUUUGGAACACUUAGUCGACUUCCCCCCCCCCCCCUUCACAAAGUCGAAAAUCGCUCAAGCUUUCCAAAACUGCGCUUGUUGACAACACUGCACGGGGACGAGGGGACUGUACUGAGCAUGCCCAAAAAUCGGAAGUGUUCCAAGUUUUUUUUUACUGGGGCUGUAGCUCAUUUCCGUUUGUUCUACUUAAUUUUUCUGUAUCACUUGAGUUCGCAAAAUUUCAAAAGGACGAAUUUUAAAGACGGCUUUCAAAACCUAAAACAAGCUUCAAUGUGUAAUUCACGGUUAACAUUAGCAGGGUAUGUCCGGUAAUACGGAAAACGAAAGGGAGCGGAGAGACCUUUAUCUUAACUUUUGUUUCCAGGGAAACGUUUUAAGAAGUGAAGUAGACGGUUGCAUUCAAAUGAAGAGUUUUGUUGCUGGAAAUCCGGAAAUCCGGAUUGGACUGAAUGAUGAUUUCUUCGUCGACAAAUCCAGCCUUACGUCUCAAGGUAAGUAGACAAUCUUACUGAUAAGUUGCUAGCUGAACUUUUUUUGGAGACUAACCUUUUUGCUUCAGCAGACGACUAUAGGAAGAAUGAAGGUUAAAGGUGAUAAAGUCAGUUUUCAUUCAUUUUAAUUCGGCAAACGGCAAGGUUGAUUUUCAAGGAUAGACGCACAGAUUAGCGAAAUGUCACCAAAGACUCAUUGCCCAAUUGCAGGAGAUUUUGAACUAUUUAAACCAGUUAGCUUUACGUUUAGGAGCAAAUUUCUACUUGACCUUGAAACUAGAAACGACAAGGAAACCGGCAUCUGUUUAAUCUCCAUUAGGCUGUUUAGAGCUCCAUUUUUCCCAUAAGAUCGCUGUGAUCCAGCUCUUGCUGUAACGGGCCGCCACCUUGAUUUCACAUUUUGGUCGGAUUCCGGGACUGGAGAUGGACCGCAUUUUCCGGAAGGUUGCCUCCUAGACCAUCUUUUUAGUUUCGGCCGAACUUUGCGGAAAUUUUAGCUUAAUGAAAAGCGCUUUCAUUUCCAACCUGUCUGAUAGCUACACAACGGUCAUGUCUAGACACAAGUCAAGAUACAAAUUGUUACUAGACGCUAUUGGAUGAUAGCUACACACAUUUGCAAAGUGUAUAGAGAGCACCAAUUCUUAUUCUUUGCUUUGUAGACAGUGUUGCUGUAAGGCUUGACAAUUGUAUAUUCCAUGAGUCUGUCGACUUGUCCAACUUUGAAACAACCAGAAUACUUCUCGUAAAGCCACCAGAAGGCGAGGUAAGACGCUCGUUCUCAUUUCAAGCUGAAAGCUGCGCAUUUUUAUUCUUGAAACAACACCGCCAUUAAGUUAUAACUGUGGGUACCAGAGGUUUGUGUCUCGCGUGCGGUGGGAUGUUUUGGUGUCGGCCGCAGGCCGCGAGCGGUGGGAAAAGUCUCUGGUACCAAGGGUACUGAGCUGCUCUCUAUAACUGCGAAAUUACCACCCUGGAGUAAGCUCCAACUUUGGUGCAGAUACCAGAGGUUUUGUCUCGCGUGCGGUGGUAUGUUUGGGUGUCGGCCGCAGGUUGUGAGCGGCGGGAAAAGUCUCUGGUACCAAGGGUACUGAGCUGAUUUCCAUAACUGCGAAAUUAUCACCCUGGAGUCUCCCGGGAGUAAGCUCCAACUUUGGUGCAGAUUCACGCCAAGUCCUUAGGUAUCUUUUCUCUACUUUCAAAACAGUUGUCGUCAACUCGUUUACGUCCGUCCACAUUUUAAAGGAAAACGGUUAGUAAAAGCCGGAUUUGAUUCUUGAAUUCUUCUUGUACUCCUUCGAAAUCACUGCUGGUGUCCAAUACUAAGUUAUCUAGCCCUCGCCAGAACUAUCGUGUCCUCUAGUUGUGUGACGUAAAACCGAUCAGCAGUGUUGCUUUCUAACUUCAUUUCAGACUGGUGGUAAAAGUGAUCGUUAAUUUGUCUAGCUCUGAAAUAAGUCGCACCCAAAACCGUCUAUGAAUGGCAUGUUUUAUUCCUCCUGUUUUAACAGUUUAUCGUCAUGAAGUACAGACUUUCCGAAGCACCACAGUCAACCCUUCCAUUCACCCUAAUUGCUUUUGUCGAUGAAGAUGAAGAUUCCAAGUAAGUCCAUGUGUAAAUUACAUCGAAUAUAAAACAGCAAUAAAAAUUAUUUUGUCACUCUUGUCCGUUCUUAAUGUCAGAGUCCCCACGAUCACAUUGAAUAGGCCACCUUUGAUACUGGGGUAAUCAAAAGGCUUCAAUAUACUGACCGGUAAUGAAUAUUUGCUUUUAGGGUUCUUGAAGUUGUACUCAAACUUAGAUGUAACGUGCCUACAUCCAGGUAAUGCAAUGAAAUAAAACAACAUAUCGAUGACUGUAGAGUGGUUGACGUGGCCUUUGUGGCAGACUUUACAAAAUUUUAGCUCCAAGAAGCAAUUCAAAAAGGUUCUUUAUAGUGUUUUCAUUUCCUGUCUCUUCUAGCUGUGCUAAUAACAUAGUCAUGAAGUUACCAGUGCCAAAAUCGGCAGUUAGUGUGUCCCAUAAGGUAACAUCCGGGACUCGGACAGCAGAGUUCAAGUCAUCCGAGAAGGCCUGGUACUGGAACAUAGCAAAGCUACAGGGUGGCUCAGAGAUUUCUGCUUCUGUCAAGGUAAAUCAGUAACCAAAAAAAAUGGUUUGUAACGCUGGGCGACUUCCGUACUCAGUGUUGAGGUCCGUAAAAAAAGGGUAGCAAACGCAGUUACAGCAAAAAACCAGCAGGGAAAACUGAUGAAUCAAGUUUCUUCUCUUUUUUAGGUCCAUAUGGGUGAAAAACGAAAAUCUGCUAGAAAGGAGAUUGGUCCCGUAAGGUAAGUUUUGAAGAGCGAUUAAUUCCUUUUAUUUUUAAGUACUUUGUACAUCGUAAUAAACAUGCAGCACCACAGGAAAGUAGUAGUCUUAAGCAUUCAUUUGAAUAGUCACUCUUUAGGAUUUCUGUUCAAGAACAAUUUUGAAAGCAGACAAAGUUUUUGAUUUGGAGAUUUUGAGUCCAAAUCUUUCGUUCGGAAAGUAGAGAGCACGUGACCUCGUAGUCAUGUCCCACUUUCUAAAUCACCUUUAAAUAGCUUCUAUAUCCGUAUUCUUAUUUCUUUCGUGCUGUAUUUCGUGUAGGGUAAAUGAAGUUACCAAUUAAAUGCACUCUCGUUAUUACUGUUCUGCCAUUCAUAAAUACACUCAUAUAGUGUUCUUUACUUUUCGUAAUUAUUUUAGUUUGGAAUUCGAAAUACCGAUGUAUAUCUGCUCUGGACUACAAAUUCGAUACCUGCGAGUACAGGAUCGCGAUAAAGCCUACAGUCCCUUCCGCUGGGUCCGGUACAUUACUCACAGGUGAAAUUUCAAAUUUACUAGUGGAUUUUAUAACCAUAAUCCAAUGAGCCACGUUCUAAGUGUUAAUCAAAAGUGUGAUGUAGUAAUGGUCUGUACCUGGUUUUUCAAGGGAAACGAAAUUAGAUUUCAGAUGGGGUGACAGGACUCCAACCUGGCCCCAAAAGAUGAAUAAUGCUUUCCAUUAUUCGAGGUACAUGUAAAUGUUUCUAAAGCGAGGUGAUCUCAACAAAAUUCGCACUUUAGCGCUCUCGUAAAUGAUAGCGUAAUGGUAAAAAAUCGAAUGGACAGACGUUUAAAUUGCUUCCUCACUUGAGAAGAGAAGUAGAACUUUUCUGUCGAGUCGCCAAGUUAAAAAGGUUUCUUGUGUCGUUCUCCGCAAGUUCAGACAAUGGCAGCUCUGUUUGCCAAAGAAAAGGCGUUCUUUUCAUGUUGCCUCCUGCGCGCAAUAAAAGGACUGUUUCGUUAACAUACACUUGUAAUGGACAAAAGACAUAGGCAAUAAGCGCGGAAAGAAUUGUUGACGGCGCCAAGGGUGGGAAUAAUUUUCAGGGGUGCCAAGCCCGGGAAAAAUAUUUAUUGUGAGCGGUGCUAAGCGUGGGAAAAGUUGUGAGCGGUGCCCUGCGCGGGGCGGAAAAUGGUGAGCGUUACAGAUUGCAGUUUACUUUUUUUUUAGUGAUUCCUACGUAAUUCGGAUUUAGCAGAGGACCGUGAGUAUGUGUCACAGAUGAUUUAACAAGACCGCGACUAUGGGUCAGAGAUUGUCUCGAGCAAGUUAAACAACUGAUACCCGCAACUGAGUUAUUAACGUGAGUUAUCAGUACGAGUUGUUUCUUCGUCCGUCUGGAGCCUCCUAUGGUAACCAUGUGAAAGGAUUCACGUUUUCCGCGCCUCUCAACGAGUGAAGUAACCCAAAGGAAUAAUUACCAGUAGAUGCAAUUGCUUUCUAGUUCAUUCGCCACUGACAACGGAUCGGCGACUUCACCAGACGUAGCACACAAAUUUUCUACUGAUGACUCCGAUUUGGUUUUAUAUAUUGAUUUUGUGGAUGAAAUCCGACAGUGUGACCAUUCAUGUCAAAGGAAUGCUAUUUAGCAGUUCUUUCGCUUUCACGAUUUUGGCGUAUUUAGACUCCGAAUGAAUCGAAUAAGAGCUUUGUUGAGCAUGCUUUACAUGUUGUUAGUAUACAGUUUCGAACCCAGGCCCUAAUAGUUUGGCGCUUGGUACAGCGGGGUUCAGUUAUGACUAUCGGUUUAUCAAUAAACAGAAGCUCGCACCCGAAAAACCACUUUGACCAGAGAAAGUAAGAUUGAAUAGUCCAGAAGGGCGGGAUUCGGCGACUUCAAAAGCUUGACGAGAUUCUGGAAAAGCCCCCUUUUCUCCUCCCGCAUUAAGAAAACUGAGGACAAAAGGAGGGUCUACUCUCAGGGCGUGGCCGUAUGAAAAGAACCCCACAGUAUACGAAUAAGAGCGUAAAAAGGCUUGUCUAUUGUUUCCAAUAAUAGUUAGUGAAGAAAUCUUAAUCACAGAUUUACCCUUGAUUUUACAUAUAUAUAAAUAUUUUCACAUAUAUGUCAUAUUUAGAAAGAGCUCUGAUAAAUGUAUACAUAAAAAUGCACAGCUUUUAUGUUAACCAGCUCAAGCUGACAAAACUACGUUCCGUGGUUAAAUAAAAGAAGAAACGUUACUGUCA